AUAACUUUUUAUAAAAAAGUGUAAAGUGGGGAUGCAUACUGGUUGCCUAAAAGCGAAGUGAAGAGAUUAAUUAUUAGGGUUUGGAUCCGAGAAAGAGAGAGAAUGGAGAAGAAGGAAUCAUGGAAGAUAUGCAAGAGAUGCAAGGAAACUUAUGAUCCAUCUUCCAACACCUCUUCUUCUUGCCGCUUCCACCCUUCUUUCUUCGUCUGUCGCCGUCACGACGACCAGAAAAGGUACUAUGAAUUGGGACCCAAUGAUCCACCAUAUGCUGCCAAAUUCUAUGACUGCUGUGGGGCUGAGGACCCUGAGGCUUCUGGCUGCACCACCAACUUUCAUGUCUCUUAUGAUGAUGAUUGAUGUGUAUAUUUGCUAAUCUCUCUUUCACAUCCCAUUACUCACUCCCACAAUUCGUGGUAUAUGAUAUGAUUUCCAAACUCACCUCUGUUACUCUUGCACAAUCUGAAUGUCUGAUCAAAAUGUUUUGUUUAUUCCUCUAGUCAUUAUUCCGAAGUUGUGUGUAAAGAGAUAUAAGUAUAUAACUAUUAAUGAAUACUCUCCUGUCA